CUCUAGUCCUACCAUACUUUUUGCUGUUGCUAGUGCUUGUGGUGGCGGACUCUAGUAGGCACUAUCAACACUACUGCUCUCUUGUUUUCAUUCUCACGAACAAAGCCACCUCCAUUCUGGACCAUGUUGUCGUUUCUGAGACACUCGACGACGACGAUCGCGAGCCGGAGCGGGGCGCCCGUUUCGCGCCGGGCGUUCGCAACGAUCGACAUGACGAUCCGCGAAGCCAUCAACGCGGGCAUUGACGAAGAAAUGGCCCGCGACGAGUCCGUCUUCAUUAUCGGCGAAGAAGUCGCCCAGUACCAAGGAGCCUACAAGGUUACCAAGGGACUGUACGAAAAGUACGGUGACAAGCGUGUCAUUGAUACGCCGAUUACGGAAAUGGGCUUUACCGGACUCGCCGUCGGCGCCGCCUACAAGAAUCUACGACCCAUUGUGGAAUUCAUGACCAUCAACUUCUCCAUGCAGGCCAUCGAUCAGGUUGUCAAUUCCGCCGCGAAGCAGUUCUACAUGAGUGGUGGUGACCUCGCCUGUCCCAUUGUCUUUCGCGGGCCCAACGGCUUUUCCGCCGGCACGGCGGCCCAACACUCCCAGUGUUUUGCCGCCUGGUACUCCUCCAUUCCUGGACUCAAGGUCGUAGCGCCCUACUCCUCCGAAGACGCCAAGGGUCUCAUCAAAGCAGCCAUCCGGGAUCCGAACCCCGUCAUGAUCCUCGAACACGAACUCAUGUACGGAGUGGCCUUCCCAAUGUCCGACGAAGCGCAGUCGGCCGAUUUCGUCCUGCCCCUGGACAAGGCCAAGAUCGAAGUGGAGGGCUCGGACGCGACCAUUAUCUCCUUCAGCAAGACGGUAGGAUUGGCCAUUGAAGCAUCCGCCGCCAUGAAAGAAAAAGGCGUAUCCGUGGAAGUCAUCAAUCUACGAAGUUUGCGGCCUCUGGAUCGCGACACCAUCCUCCAAUCGGCCAAAAAGACGGGCCGCGUGAUAUGCCUCGAGCAGGGAUGGCCCCAGUGCGGUAUUUCGUCCGAAAUUGCCGCAAUUUUGAUGGAAACGGACGCCUUUAACUAUUUGGACGCGCCCAUGGAACGCGUCACGGGUGCCGACGUACCGAUGCCCUACGCAACGGUCCUGGAAAAUGCGGCCCUACCCCAGUUGGAAGACGUUGUGGCCGCCGUUGAACGAACGACCUACCGACGUAUAGCGGCAUGAGCCCAAACACAAGGCAAAGACGUAACCAUAGUACUAGGCACUCGGCA